AUGCACGCGCACAAGCAGAACAUUACUGCCGGAAGAGUGCAGAAGACUUUCUAUGUCAUAACACGCAAAGUUGCCAAAAUGCAGAUAGAUGCAGAUAGGCUUCCAUUCUGUCUAUCGUUGGACAAUGCAGUUAAAACGGCUCGAAAGUUCGAUUUCAACGAAAUAUUUGAGCAGACGCGUCAGUCGGCGAUUUCGCGUUAUCGAGGGACGGUGGAGGGGAUUCACGAAGACAAAGCGUCGACCAGCAAUAAAUCUGGAUAUGUAGCUGACGCCUCGCGGAUGUUAAACGCAUCAUACAGCGAACUCGAUGAAGAUGACGAGGAGGGAGAGGACGACUUGGUCGGACCAGCGGUUCCGGAUGCAUUGAAGCCCUGUCGCUCUAGUGCUGAUGCGGACGCAGAUUACGAUAGUGGAGUGGACGACGAGUACAACACAGGCGGCGAAUCACACGAAAUGGUUUGUUAA